AUGGGUAAAACUACAGAGAAAAAUUAUGAAAAAAAAGCAAGAGGAAGUGGUAAUGAAGCUCUUCAAGUAACAUUUUUAGAUCAAUUAUCAAAUCAAUUAGCGAGUAUCGAUUCACUGGUGAAAUCGUUUGAAAUAACAAAAAAAGAUAAAUCACUUUAUGAAAAAAUGGAUAACGAGAUUGUACUGGAUACCAAUCUCUUGCAAUCUUUAGCAACCGACUUGAUUAAGGGAUCACAGUCUGUAAACAAAUAUAUCUUAGGUACCAAAGCAAACAAAUAUAUCUUAGGAGAAGAUUUGACCAAAAAGUUGAUUGAGAUUGAACAGAAUGAUCAUUUGAAUUCAAAUGAUAAAAAUUUCGAUGAUGAAGAAAAGUCUCUGCAUGUAUCUCUAGUUGCAAACAAAAUCGUUGAAGCUCUCACAUCUGCUCAAGUUCUUGGCAAAGUCCUUACAACCGACGAGGCAUCCAUUUUAAAUGAUUACUUCAGUCGCAAACUACAAUUAAACGAGAAGGUGCUCGCUACACUGGAUACAGCGCUGGACAAAAUACUGUGUCGAGCACAUGAGUUUUACGAUGAUAAAAAGGAACUAGCUUCCUUUUUAAAAGACCGAGACUCAGCUAAAAUCAAGCUUCUUGAUGCUAUGAUUGCUAAAAAGUCAAGCUUUCUUAUGGAUUUGAUGAGCGAAGCGAAUUAUUACGCCGAUAAAGUUAGCAAAGGGCUGAUUGAUGCAUAUAAAUUAGCCACCGAUGGAAUUUUAGUUUCAGUUGCUCGAGAAAAUCUUCAGUAUAUGCAAGCUGCUGUAGGACAUACUUAUCGUUAUUCGAAAGACCUAGCAUGCCGCGGUGCUGCAUUCACAUUCGAGGCGGCUGUACGGGGCAGAGAAAUAGCUGCCAUUGGUGCCACCGUCGGUGCACAAAUCACUUACAACGCUGCAAGUUCUGGUCAACAACUAAUGCAGCAGGGGACGGUGGCUGCUAACAAAAUGGCCACAGGAGCAACUGAAUUAACAUUUGGUGCUGCAAGUAAUGGCAAAAAGUUAGCACAACUGGGAAUGGAAGUUGGUGCGAAGAUGGCACAAAAUGCAGCACGAUUCACAUAUGACGUUGCUAACAAGAGUAGUCAAUUAGUCGAAAUUGGAAAGGCUGUUAGGACAAAAAUGACUGAAAACGUAGCUAAAAUCACGUGUGACAUGGCAAACCGAAGCAAACAAUACCCACGAAUGGGAUUAGCUGUUGGUACGAAAAUAACACAAGAUGCAGCAAUCAGAGGUAUUUGA